AUGCAGGUCUGGCUCCGCAUGUGGUCCUGCUCCUCCCUCUCCUCCCCGUCCCGCAUGUCUUCCUUGCCUGAUCAGCGUCAGAUCUGUGCCUCCGACCGACCUUCUUUCAAAUUCUCUGCCAACCUCCGAGUCGACCCUGAGACAGAAGACACAGAAGACACAACAUCGCAACCAAAUCUUGCAACCUCGUCGGACGCCGUGUUAUUAGACACAAUCACCUCUCUUACUCGCCCUCUCCGCCCUCUUCCCGUCGCGCAACAGUCGUUGCCGUCCCUUUUCUCCGGCUACCGCCUGCCGCUCUCUGGUUCUAUCAGCGUCUGGUACCGCCAGAACGCGGCCGCCAGCACCCAAUUCGCCGUCAUCGCCGACGACGAGGGCUAA